UUAAUUCGGGUCGGGUAUGGGUAUGCAACCCUAGGUAGAAAAAUGUAGAUAUGUGGUCAUUUGAGUGAGUUAUGGAAACGUAAUCAACAUUUUGCAGUGUGGAGGAUCGUCGUCUCCAUCCCACACCGAAUUCAAUUCAGUUAGUGUGCAUAUUUUUUAAUGGCAAAUAGACCGGAUCCAGAUAUUGAUGACGACUUUCGUGAGCUUUAUAAGGAGUACACUGGCCCCCCAAGUUCUGCUGCUACGAAAACGCAAGAGAGGGCAAAACCAAAUAAGAGGUCUAAUGCAGGGUCUGAUGAGGAGGUAGGUCGGGACCCAAAUGCUGUUCCCACUGAUUUCACCAGCCGAGAAGCUAAGGUUUGGGAGGCUAAGUCAAAGGCUACUGAAAGGAAUUGGAAGAAAGGACGGAUGAGGAAAUGAUAUGCAAGUUUGUGGAGAAUCAGGCAUUUCACUCAGGGCUGCCCAUCUACCCUUGGAGCCAAUCGCAAGUCUCAAGAUUUCUUUGAAAGGAUACCUGCUAGAGACAAAAAUGUACGGGCACUUUUCACAGAGAAAGUUUUAAGCAAGAUUGAAAGGGACAUUGGUUGCAAAAUUAAGAUGGAUGAAAAGUUUAUCAUUGUCAGUGGUAAGGAUAGAUUAGUUAUGGCAAAAGGUGUUGAUGCGGUACACAAGAUUCGAGAAGAGGGUGAACAAAGGGGAUCAUCUAGUUCUCAAAUGACCCGAUCAAGAUCACCUGAGAGAAGUGAGAGAAGUCCGGUUAAUGCACGGUUUCAACGCUCUGAGCCCCAAAGGUCUCAUUCUGGACCACGGAAUACAUCUCAGUUUCAACAAAGGUUUGGUAGGCAUGAGAGGGCUGUUGAAGACCGAAUCUGGGAGGAUGUUCAAAAGUUUGCUAGAGGUUCUCCACAAGCAAGAGCUUAUGGAAAUAGUGGAGCUAGAGGUCGAUCAAGCCAGUCAAGAUCUCCAAGACAUGCCCCUUUUACAGGAAACUCAUAUAGUUCUUUUGAUGGUCGUAAUCAAAACAUGGGUGCGUUUAGGAAUGAUGGCUGGGAUCAUAGAAGAGAAUCUGGUAUCCAGCCUGGUCAUCAGUUUGAUUACAAUGCCUCCCCACAGACUUUGGAAGAAUUAGAGUUGGAAUAUAAGAACGAGGCAGCAGAGCUAAUGAAAAUUCGUGACAGAGAAGAAGAUGAAGAAAAUUUCAAGCAUCGGGAGGCUAUUAGAGAUUUGAGGGAGCAGUACAUGAGCAAAGUUGGCUUGGUAAGGGCUACACAUGCAAGACAGUGGGAAGAUUUCCUUCAGCAUGAUGCGCAGAGGCUUCAACAGCAGGCAGUUCAACAGAUGUCUUCUGGUUAUCGAGGUUUUAAACAGCAGAGCUUUCCUGAAUAUGAUGGGUCCUCUGUCAAUCCUCCUCCCUAUGCUGGGACGAAUUUACCAUUGGAUUCAAGGAACAGGUUCUCAGACAACAUGGAACCUUAUACUACUAGGCCUCAUGAUAAUUUUGGGGAAUUUCAUAGGCGUGGAGAUUUUGCAAAAGCUUACAACAGAUAUUAAAAUUCUCUAUAUAUCAUCAAUCAAGUGGGUCCAGAUUGCUCGAGUAGGCAGUUUAAUGCAGUGGAGGACAUAAGGUGGGUAAGCAUGUUGAUUAAUCUUAGGAUUGGGAAGGACAUUCAUUUCGGUUGACGGAUCCAGUUUUCUUUUGAAAUAUAGUUGCUCAGUCUUGUUAAGAACUUUGGUGUUAGUUGUGAUGCAUUGAGUUAUUAUCCUUAACUGGUAACGUGCUACUGCAUCUUGGAUUGUGUUACGAAAGAUCCUUUGAAAGAUUGAUUG